AUGGAGUUUGCAAAACAUGGCUCCAGACUUUCCAACGUGUCAAAUUGGAAAACAAAAAUUUGGAUUGCUAAUUGUGAUGGCCAAAAAAUAAAAAUAGCCAAAACUUGUCUCCUGAAAUACUACAAAGGAGAUGUGUACAAAAGACCACACAAUGAAAAUGUCCACCGUGACCAAUUUUUGACUUGUAGCAUCUGCAACAAGGUGCGACGAUUUGAACUUCGGUCACGUGAAACAUGCAGGUUCUAUCAUGAUGCUGUUGCAAGAGAAAAUCCAACUUGUAGUGACAUGAUACCUGGGAGAUGGACGUGUGAGGACCUGGAAGAGAGGGUAAGCUCUAGGAUCCGAACUGGAUGCCGCAAAAACAUAAGAUGCAAAGGGUGCCUUCGUUGUGUUUGUUUUGGAUGCAACAUGUUCGGUUUUCCGUCUCCAUCUCCACAGCCACAGCCACCUGACCAGCACCAAAUCCGCCUUGCUCCUCCGCUAGCGGUUGCUUUCUCUUUCCUCAUAGCCCUAACCCUCUGGUUUUGCAAGUUUACAACACGAAAACGCACCGCCCCUUCCGACUCUAAACCUCCACACAAGUUUUCCUAUACGGCUCUCAACCACGCUACCUCUUCCCUCUCCCCCUCAAACCGCCUCGGUCAAGGCGGUUUCGGUUCCGUUUACCGUGGAACCCUAAUUAAUAGCCAGGUCCAGGAUGUUGCCGUUAAGGUCAUGGACGCCGGUUCUCUCCAAGGCGAGCGCGAAUUUCAGAACGAGCUCUUCUUUGCCGGAAAAAUCGAUUAUGAUCGUAUCCUCGUCGUUGUUGGUUUUUCUUCCGAUAGGAGACGACGGCGAAUGGUGCUUGUUUACGAGCUCAUGACUAAUGGAAGCUUACAAGAUUGCUUGUUUCAUCGCAAGUCUCCGGAGCUAAAGGAGUGGAAAAAGCGGUUGUCGGUUGCAAUUGAUAUCGCUAAAGGUAUCGAGUAUCUCCAUCAUUAUUGUGAUCCACCGAUUAUUCAUGGUGAUAUAAAGCCUAGUAAUAUACUCUUAGAUCAUAAUUUCAAUGCAAAGAUUGGGGAUUUUGGUUUAGCUAGGUUAAAACCAGAAGACGAAUGUCGAGUUGACUUGAAUAUUAAGAUCGAGGAAGGGAAAAAGGUAGGUAAUUCAAUAAUCGAGGAUAACGGAUCAGUCUUCGAGGAGACUGAGAGUCUGGCAACCACCACAGUCUGUGAAGAGCUUAGUAUAGUUCCGGAUCAGUCACCUGAAAGUUUUGUUACAGCUCCGAUUGCUGAGACAUCACCAGAGACGUUCAUCCAAUCGCCAAAAACAGGUCCGGCAAGUGAUGUGAGUUUCUCAGAGGGAAAUCUCGAUGUCAUAAGCCUGGAGAGCGGUGGUGCUACUUCGAAGAAAAGCAGGACAAGAAAGACGAGUAUGUCAGGGAAGGAUUGGUGGUGGAAACAAGACAACAGCAUGUCUGAAUCAGGACGUGUAAAGGAUUACGUGAUGGAAUGGAUUGGGAGUGAAAUCAAAAAAGAGAGACCAAAAACCGAAUGGAUCACAACGGGAGCUGUGAUCCAGUGCAACUCAAGUGCAACUCAAACAGGAAAAUCAGAGAAGAAGAAGCCAAAGAAGAACAAAAAGCGACUCGAUUGGUGGAUGUCAUUGGAUGAAGACAAGAACGUGAAGAAACAUAAAAGAAGACCAGCCAGGGAAUGGUGGAAGGAGGAAUACAGUGAAGAACUCGCAAAAAAGAAAAAGCCAAGGAAUAGCGGAUGA